AUGUCGCGGCAACUUCUCCCUGCACUGCUCACCGACUGCGUCGCCGUGGCGCCAACCAAUACCCAAGUCACCACUGAGGGAGCCAAUGCUUCUCCGUCAGACUUCGACUUUGCCUCCUACCUUCGUACCAUUGAUUCGGCGCAAAGAUAUGUUUUGACGGAAAUUGCAAGCCGGCCAGCUUCGGUCAUGGUUAGAGCACGCAAAGAACUCCAGCAGGGAUCGAACCUUGGACAAAACCUCGCCCAGAACUUUGGGGCUUUCCCCCACCAUGAGAAUCUGAUGCUCACCUACCGCCCCACUUCUACGCCGUAUUCUUCUGAUGUGGGCAGCAGCCAGCCUGAUCCUUUGCAAUUGGAGUACGUGGCACUGUCACUAUUUGUCCGGCCAGAAUAUCAUGGAUCUUCGCCGCACAAACUCUUGAUCAGGUCUCUAUCAAGACUCCCUCCACAUGACAAGUUAUUGGUGCCACCGGGAGGUGCGCUAUAUCGAGUCGCGAAGAAGACGGGCGUGAAAAUCCCAGAGCCGCUUCGAUAUGACGCCUGGGCAGGAGUCCUGACGACAUCGUACCUGGGUGAACUCUGCUCCUUGUCAAAGUUGUUCGGCUGUAUCUUUUCUGCCAACACGACUCCCAAUGUCACACCACCGUUGGGACCGGCAAUCCGUGAGCUUGUGGGUUGCGAGAAUGCAUCGCAGAUGUUCUUCACAUCUGCAGGCCAAAGUCUCGGCAAAUUCCUUGCCAAACUCCAUGCCCCCAAAACCGCCCAGCGUCUCCGACGUGUGAUUCCCAACGUGUCCAACAGAACACCUGGAAGAUCGGAGCGUGCAACAAGGACGAUACGGGAGGCAAUCGACCAGAUGAGAGACCAUCUCAAGGCCUGGCGGUCUUUUUUUGCCACCAACACUGAGUUGAACGACAUCUGUUUAUUCAGUCAUGGAAACUGCGACUUUGAGUCUGUCUUUGUCGAGGUGCCGCUCGAGCAGGGAGCGGCGUAUGGCCCUCCAGGAUUGAUCAACUGGACUGAUGCGGGGUGCUAUGGCAAAGGCAUUGUCGACGAUCUUGCUCGGCUCAUGGCGGACUUGGAGAUGUACAAAUCAGUCUUCGAGCAUCACAUCGCGUUGAAGGAUGCCGGCAUCAACGUUGACGGCCUUUUGGACCUGGAUUCCAUCGGCUUAGCUUUGAGCUACCUGAAACGCGGUCUGAAAGCGGGAUACAAAACCAAGAGCAAGUUGUACUCGACCUUUCACCUCAAGCCCAUGGCCCAAAGGACUCCAUUGGAAAGAUUGAACCACAAGGGCCUUCUCGAGAACACGUCCUUGAUGUCACUGGAACGAUCCACGUACCUCGCUCACGGUCUUCGAAUCAUCAACCUGGCAUUCGAGAAGACAUGGCCAUGCAUUGAUCCGUCGUGCACUGUGGACGGACAGCACACUAGCGUCAAGGAGGAUUGCAAGGUGGUCCAGUUGAUGGUGCGGCGAGGCCUUUGGUUCUUGCGAAUGGCAAGGGUUGACGAAGCUACAUUCUGCAAUGGCGAACACAGACAGAACAUUCACCAGGGGGUAGAUUGGCCUGGGUGUGGACGACCAUGGUUGCCGGAGAUGUUCACCGAAGAAGCUCGCGGACCAUGGUACAAGUUUGGCAUGGGACGUGGUCAUUGA